AUGUGGGGACGCGGAGGCGCAGGUAAUAUCCAGCAGGCCGCAGAGGCCAACAAGCAGCGCGCAUCGGAGACCCAAGACCUCGAAGCCGCCAACCCAACCACAUCAGCAGCCACGGACGACUCUGCCGCCGCCGCCAACACCGCCGCGGCGUCACAGGAAUACGCGCACAUGGGCCGCGGCGGCGCGGGCAACUUCUACUCCCCCGCCGCCCUCAGCUCCACCGGCACCUUCGUCAACGACCCCACCACCGCCAGCACGACCAACCCGUCCUUCUCCACCGCCGAGCCCCCGCCCGCGCCCCUCUCCAACCUAGACUCCAGCUCCAACUGGUGGAACACGGCCAAAACGUCGUCGUCGUCGUCCUCCCCCACCACGACCACCACCCCAUCCGCUCCCACCUCGAACUCGACCACCACCACCGGGACCUCCUCCACCACCUCCUCCGUCCCCGUCGCCCGCACCGGCCGCGGCGGCGCCGGCAACUACGUCUGGGGCACCGCCGACGUGAGCGAGCGGCGCGCGGAGCAGAUCCGGCGCGAGUGGGGCGAGCUGCGCGAGCGCGAGCGCGGCGUCCGCAAAAAGGUGGCCGAGGACGUGGAGCUGGCGGUGCCGAAGCCGCCGUCGGCGGUGCUGGGCGGGCCGGGCCGCGGGACGAAUGGCGGGGUGGGGAGGGGGGAGUGGGAGUGA